CUGUAGAUUUUGUUUCCCUGUCGCCCGACGUCCGUCACGUCGUGUUUUCGAUUCUUUCUGGUGAAAUAAAACACGGUUUGUCGGCGCGUUCAGCUCGACUUCAUUAUUUUUUUCAGGUCUAUUCUAACGAAAUAUGCCGCCCAAGAAGGACACAAAGGGCUCGUCCAAGCAGCCCCAGAAAACCCAAAAAAAGAAAGAAGGAGGAUCCGGUGGCAAAGCCAAAAAGAAGAAGUGGUCCAAAGGUAAAGUUCGUGACAAGUUGAACAACCAAGUUCUAUUCGACAAGGUAUCAUACGACAAACUGUUAAAAGAAGUUCCAUCGUACAAACUCAUUACCCCGUCUGUUGUCAGUGAACGUUUGAAGGUCCGUGGAUCAUUGGCAAGGAAAGCUUUAGAUGAGCUAUGCCAAAAAGGUCUUAUCAAGCAAGUAAUACAACACCAUGCCCAAGUAAUCUACACGAGGGUAACUAAGGGAGACGAAUAAGGAUGUUUUUGUAAAAUAAUUAUUUUAUUAAAUAUAUAAAAAUAAUACAACAAA